AUCAAAGAUUUCAUUAACUUGCACCCUGAAUUCGUCGCUGAGAAUAACGCGCUAGAUUUCCUCUCGAACGACGGCGGUACGACGUAUAAUUUAUGUCACUUCUGGAGCAAUUUUGAAAUAGCGGAUAUGAACUUUUGCCGAGGGCCGGCCUACACAGCGGUCUUCGACUACCUCGAGUCCCAGGGUGGGUUUUACUAUGAACGGUGGGGCGAUGCCCCGGUGCACAGUAUAGCCGCCGCUUUGUUUGCGAACAAAGAUCAGAUUCAUGUCUUUGACGAGAUUGGAUAUGAGCAUUUCCCAUACACACAUUGUCCCAGGGAUGAGGAGACGUGGAGGCGGGGUAUGUGCACAUGUGAAAGGGAGCAAAGUUUCGGUGAGCGAUUCUUUCGCUGUCUUUCGAGCGUUUUCUGA